UUAUCUAAAGCCCUAUUGAACAGUAAGUCUUUUCGGUCUCUAGUGUUCUCCUCCACUAAAACUACAGCUUCCUCAAUCUUCUGUUUUGUUUACAAACAUAUAUAUUUGUGUUUUUCAUGUACAUGUUUCCUCAAGUACAUAUACUUGCGAUUGUUCAGAUCAACAGAUGUACUUGUGAGUUUCUGAUUUCGCUCAAGAAAACAGGAGCAGUCAAAAACUAUUAAUGGUUGCACUGCACACACCAUGGGAAGCAAGUAUUCCAAGACAACAACUUCCGUAACUGAUACAAGUUGUCUUGCUCCUUUUGAAAGUUUUCAAGUUCCUUUUGUAUAUUUGCAGGAAGCAACGAACAACUUUGAUGACAAGUUGUUAAUUGGAUCUAGUGGCUUUGGGAAGGUUUACAGGGGUGUUUUGCGUGAUGGCACAAAGGUGGCCUUGAAAAGGCUUAAACCUGAGUCCAAACAAGGUCUUGAAGAUUUCCGAACAGAAAUUGAGAUUCUCUCGCAGUUCCAUCAUCCGCAUCUGAUUUCAUUGAUUGGAUACAGUGAUGAAAGAAAUGAGAUGAUUUUAAUUUAUGAGUAUAUGGAGAAUGGGAACCUCAGUAGCCAUUUGUAUGGCUCAGAUCUACAUCUACCCACUAUGAGCUUCGAGCAGAGGCUGGAGAUAUGCAUCGGGGCAGCCAUGGGUCUACACUACCUUCAUACAGGCGGAGUUAUACAUGGUGAUGUCAAGUCUACAAACAUAUUGCUUGAUGAAAAAUUUGUCGCAAAAAUUACUGAUUUUGGACUAUGCAAGAAACGGCCUGAGCUUGAUCAGACUCAUGUUAGCACAGCCGUGAAAGGAUCUUUUGGCUACCUUGACCCUGAAUAUUUUAUGUGAGGAAAGGCAACAGAAAAAUCCAAUGUUUAUUCUUUCGGUGUUGUUUUAUUCAAAGUUGUUUGUGCUAGCUCUACCAUAUUUCCUUCUCUUUCGAGGGAAAUGGUUAGUUUAGCUACAUGGGCAAUGGAGUCGCAGAAGAAGGGACAGUUGGAACAAAUAGUAGAUCCCAAUCUUGCGGCCAAAAUAAAAUCAGAUUCCCUCAGGAUGUUUGGAGAAACAGCAGUGAAAUGCUUAGCUUUGUCUGGUAAAAAUAAGCUAUCAAUGGGUGAUGUGCUGUGGAAUCUGGAGUAUGCACUUCGUCUCCAAGAGCCUGUCAUUCAAGAUGGUCCUGAAGAAAACAGUACAAUCCCUAUUGGCGAGUAAAUCAAUGAUUUCGGUCACAUUGAUGCCAUUUCUUCUGCUUCUCAAACGGAAACAUCAAAAUUCAGAUGAUAUCUAUAGUGAUGGGGUUAUAACUAAGGUUUUGGAAAUGUGGUCAGAUGAAAUGAUCAAUAAACUAAUCCAUGACCAUUUAAAUCAUCAGUAGAUAAGAACUGUAUAAUGCUAGAGAUAUUUAUGAUCAUCCAGUUAAAAUUAAUGCACCUGUGUUUCC